CUGGGAGCAGCUGCAGCAUUAGCGUUGAAAGAGAUUUGCCGUUGACUGGAGUUUGCAUCCCCCCUGUUAAUGAAUGGAUGCUACAGCGAUCAGCUUAGGAGCUUCUUCCAUUGGAUUGCGGGGAACAGUGGAUAUCUAUUCUUGAAUUUAUUUAUUUAUUUCUAUGCUCUCCAUUUUUUUCUCCCCACCCUCUCCUGGUGUGCUGUUGUCGAAAGGACGAUGGGGUCUUGUGCUUGAUCGGAUAAAGAUGGAGGUGAACGUGGCGUCUCCGGUGCUUGGCAUACUAUUGAGUUUUCACUGCCCAUUAGGGUGAAUGGAGCUUUUCUUUCUUUUUUUUUAAGUGGGCUCUUUUGUUUUCCGGGGAUCGGCCGAGCACUCCUGUGGUGAAUUGAGCUAUUGUCGAAGACUGGGCCUCUUAAGCUGUGAAUCUUUGACCAUCCAUCCAUUCCCUCCCCUCCAUCCCCUGUUACCUUAUAGUUAGAGGAAAAAAGCGGAUCCCAAAACCGCCACUGAAAUCUCUCCUUACCGUCCUCCUUGCUUCCAAUGCCCCAUUUCCCUCAUCUCUACCCCUGCCCCCCCUCCUCUUCCCUGCUCCCUCCUCCCACAUCAGAGCGGCUACGUAAUGUGCCUCCCUACGCAUGCAAAUGGGGAUGCUACAAAUGGUGGCUGGGACUGAUGCCGAUGAAAGGGUGAUGCCUCGCGCAAUCACCUGCACCUCUACUGCCGCUGCCACCGCUCCAGAUCAGCCUGGGAGAACCCAGCCGCCGAUGACAACCUACUACAGUCUGAACAGAGUUGAUUGUAGCUCGCUUGUGGAUGUAAAUGAGACGUGUGUAUGUGUGUGAACGUGCACACUGGUUCCUGCCAUGUCUGGUGUGUGAUUGCUCUAGCGGGACGUUCCUACUAAUGCGGGGGAGGCACUAAGCCUGAGGUUGGUCGACCUCCCCCUGCACCCCUCCUCCUCAUUCCACCCCUUGUCCCAGUAGCUCCGGGGUGAAGGCCACCUGGUAGGGGUCACGAUGAAGAAGAACCGCAGCAGCAAUCUGCGGCGGGCCUGGCCCAGCUCUGAUCUCUCCGAACGCCCGCUGGAGCAUAAUCUCUCCCGUAGUGAGAAAGAUGUGCGUGUGCAGAAACAGCAUCUCCCUCCCCCUCCUCCUCCUCAUUUCUCUCCGUCCCCACCAGGUUACCGUGCGCCAGGUGAUGUGUCUCCGAUCAGUAUGUCACCUAUCAGCCAGUCACAGUUCAUCCCACUGGGGGAGAUCUUGUGUCUUGCCAUCUCUGCUAUGAACUCAGCCCACAAGCCUGUCACCCAGGAGGCUCUGGUGGAGCACCUCACUGCCAGCUUCCCAGGUGUCCCUACACCAAGCUCAGAGGUUCUGCGGCAUACGCUGAACAUGCUGGUGCGAGAGAGGAAGAUCUACCCAACACCAGAGGGCUACUUCAUCGUCACUCCCCAGACCUACUUUAUCACUCCUUCCCUCAUCAGAACAAAUAACAAGUGGUAUCACCUGGAUGACCGGCUCCCAGAGCGCCAGCAACAACAACAGCAACAACAACAGCAGCAGCAGCAGCAGCAGCAGCAAUGCACUUCGCCUCAGUCUGGCAAUGUCACACCAUCUACACCUGGCUGCCUUAGGGAGAGGCCUGCACGCAAGAACCACAAUGACUCCUACAACUCUUUCCGUGAAGACCCGUCCAGACUGCAUGCCUCUGCGCUCCAAAGUAAGUCACCAAAAGAGCAUAGGGGAGACUCCUAUCAAACCAAGACACCCAAGGAUCACAAUAGCGGAGAACCUCCACCAACCACAUCAACCAAGGAGCACAGAGGAGAACCCCCAUCAUACCCUUAUCCCCCGCCUCCUACACCCCCUGUUCAGCCACCAACUCAAGAGCCAACAGAUAAAAGCAAAACGAUUACUUCUUUCCCUUACAAAACUGACACGCUUACCAAAAAGAAAGAGGGCAGUAGUGGUGGCGGCAGCGGUGAGAAGCAGUCCAAGAGAUUUGGGCUCAGGCUGUUCAGACUGAGUUUCAAAAAGGACAAGAUGAGGCAGUUGGCCACCUUUUCAGCCCAGUUCCCCCCGGAGGAAUGGCCACUUCGUGAUGAGGAUGUUCCAACCACCCCCAUUCCCCGUGAAGUGGAGAUGGAGAUUAUCCGCAGAAUUAACCCCGACCUAACAGUAGAGAAUGUUGCAAGACAUACAGCCGUAAUGAAGAGGCUGGAGGAAGAGCGCACCCAGAAAAACAAAGCAGGAUCCUCAGCCCAGCAUAGUGCACGCAGCAGAAGGGGCAGGGGCCACAGGAGGGCACCACAUGGCAAGUCCCGCUCACACAGCAAACCCCGGACCUCCCGGGGGGAUCCGUCUGAGGGUUCCAACUGGGACCUUGUCUUCAUGGAAAGGGAUUACCGCUUUUUUAGCCACUCGUUAGUUCGUUCACCUCGGGAGGCCAUGUACACGUUGGAACGCAGGCGAAGUGGGGGUGCAACAUACCUGGUCCACAGCAAUCCUAACAUCACUGAAUCAUACUGCCCUGUUACCCCUGAAUGGGAUGUUUCUGGGGAGUUAGCCAAACGGAGGACAGAGAUGCCCUUCCCGGAGCCCUCACGUGGGACAUCCCAGUCCAGAGUGCAAAGGAGUCACAGUCACAAUCAGGACAGGAAGUCACGUCAUGAGAGAUCGGACCAAGCUAAAGAACGUUCUCGGUCCAUGGACAACUCUCUCAAGGGCCCAUCACUGGGCACGCCAGAAGACUUUGAACACAGUCUAGAAGAGCGUAGUCAUUACUACACUGAUGAUGGUACCCUACGGGCAACCCAGAAAUCCUCCCACUACUCCAGGAUCAUGUUCUCUGCUGCUAAGUUCCACUCUGAUUUUAAUGUGCCUGAUUUGGGGAAAGGGAGUUUGGAUGAGUCAAGGAUCCGGAGUACAAUGGAGAGGAACAAAAGCAGAGACAGCUUGCCAACUUACAAUGAGCUGAUGGGACUUUCUCCUAAGCCCUCAACAGAUGAGUACUUCCAGUGCAAUACGUCAAAUGAAACAAUCCUAACUGCCCCUUCGCCUCAGGCAAAAUCAGAAUAUGACACAUUAACCUCAUCAGGGGGACUCCGAAAGGGCUCUCCAGCCGACCGCCAAACCCCUCACCUCACCUCUAAUCACACAAUGGAGUACAAAGAGGACUUGUCAGCAACAAAGGGACAGAAUGGCUCAGUCAGACUAACACCAAGCCAGACACCAGAGCCUGUACAGAAUGCCCGUUUGACGCCACACCAACACAACGUCGAUCCCGGAGGGGGAGGCAGUGGUGUGGUGAUGAAGAGAAAAGAGAUCUUCAGCAAGGACACUUUGUUCAAACCUCCACACAAUGCCUUGUCUGCAGGCUAUGUGGACAGCAGCUACACCAAGUCCGGCACAUUGCGAAAAGCCUCACAUGCCAAAUCAACAGAGGCCCUAGACAAUCCUGAGCCCCAGCAGCCUUCCAAUUCAGCCACUUCUUCAACUUCACCUGCAGUUUUACAGGGCUGCUUAGAGCCAACAGUCCCCUCAGCCUCCUUUGACUAUUAUAAUGUAUCAGAUGAUGAGGAAGAAGAGGAAGCAGAGGAGGACUCGCACAAGGAGUUGGCAACAGCCGAAGACAACAAAGACCAUGGGGAGGGAGGUGGUAACGGUGGAGGGAAUGGCAGUGGUGGGGAGGGAACAAUGCAGUGGCUACUGGAACGGGAGAAGGACCAUGACCUGCAGCGAAAAUUGGAAACCAAUCUGACCUUACUUAGUCCCAAGGAGACAGAGAACAGCAGCAGCCAGAAGUCAGCCCACUCUGCCCGUUUGGACAGCAUGGACAGCAGCAGUGUCACAGUGGACAGUGGAUUCAACUCCCCCAGGACACGUGAAAGUCUGGCAUCCAAUACAUCCAGCAUAGUGGAGAGCAAUAGACGGCAGAACCCAGCGCUGAGCCCAGGCCACAUUGGCACCAGUAGUAUCGGACUGCCAUUCAGCUUUCGCGCCAUCCCAGAACCCCCCACCACGCAGCCUGAGAAACUUCAGAAGUCAUCAAAUUGUCUGGCCUCCAUCACCAGCGUCUGACAGGCAGCACAGACUGAGACGACGGAGAUGGAAAAGGUGGUGGAGGACAGAGGCACGGGAAUUUGAAUGAGUGAGUGAGUGAGUGAGUGAGGUGUUUCACGUUUGCCCUCACUUCCUUCUACCCAUACACACACACACACACACACACAUCUUCGGACUCCUGAGAAUCCAUUUACUGGGACUGUUACAGAAAAACAGGCAUGGCUUCAAGAGACUGUUCCCACAGCUUCAAGAACUUAACUGCUAAAAAGAGAAGAAAAUAUCAGGACAGUUUUUUCCCCCCACUGCAAGACCACUGUAGGUUAAGAAACCUACCCGAAGUACUUUGAUUUUGGUGACAUGGAUUCUAGUUUGGCUUAUAACAAGAUUCUUGAUUAUUGGUAUUGGAAAGUAGUAGACUAUAGGAUUCAAGUUACAUUUGGAAAUAUCCAAACUUUUUAUAUUACUUAACAAUACAUGUCCAAUUAAAUGUUCUCCUUCCUGAAAUAGCGUCAGUUCUUCAGGAUGAUUCAAUGUAUCAGCACAAUGUCAAGACAAUAAAAGGCGAUCCUGAGAACAACGAAUGAAAGACAUAAAAACAUAAAUCAGCUCAGAUUUGUGUACCGCAAUGCAAAUGAUGUAUGUAUACUCGAUACUUUUGAUAUCCUAAUUAUUAUAAUGGUGGUAUUAAAGAUGCUAUGUGACCAAAA